UUUGAGUUAAAAGCGUGGCCCCGCGGAAUACGUCCUUUUCCUGUCCGUACUGAGGCGACGCGUGGUCCUCAUCGCGUGUUGAAGACGCCCCGGCUGGGUCUUCAGGAUGACAGAGUGGGAGACAGCUGCACCUGCAGUGGCAGAGACGCCUGACAUCAAGCUCUUCGGGAAGUGGAGCACUGACGAUGUGCAGAUAAAUGACAUUUCCUUGCAGGAUUACAUCGCUGUGAAGGAGAAGUAUGCCAAGUACCUGCCUCACAGUGCAGGGCGCUAUGCUGCCAAGCGCUUCCGCAAAGCACAGUGCCCCAUCGUGGAGCGCCUCACCAACUCCAUGAUGAUGCACGGUCGCAACAAUGGCAAGAAACUUAUGACUGUCCGUAUUGUCAAGCAUGCUUUUGAGAUCAUCCAUCUGCUCACUGGUGAGAACCCUCUGCAGGUCCUGGUGAAUGCCAUCAUCAACAGUGGCCCCAGAGAGGACUCGACCAGAAUUGGAAGAGCUGGGACAGUGAGGCGGCAGGCUGUGGAUGUGUCUCCAUUGCGCAGAGUGAAUCAGGCCAUCUGGCUGCUGUGCACAGGAGCCCGUGAGGCUGCCUUCCGGAACAUCAAGACCAUUGCAGAGUGCCUGGCCGACGAGCUCAUCAAUGCAGCCAAGGGUUCUUCUAAUUCGUAUGCUAUCAAGAAGAAGGAUGAACUCGAACGUGUGGCCAAAUCCAACCGUUGAUCACGAGGCUGCUGUUUCAAUAAACUUGUCUGUCUUUUGGGACAGCCCCA